AUGGGCGUCGCACGAGAAACAAAAAGAAGGCGUCUGUCGCCUUCUGACGACGACAAUUUGUCAAAUGCACCAAAAUCCAAAUCCAACGGAUCGUCUAACAUACAAAACGCAUUCUACAGUCGGGCCGCUGAAUGGGAUCUAGAACAGGAGUACGAGCGUCGACCACGAAAAGGCAGCAAGAAGAAGGAGAAGGAAAAGACACGUUUGCCUAUCAAGACUGCCGAGGGUCUUGUCCAUGUCGACGAACCGGAGGAAGCUGCAGCGAGUGAUGCGGAUAGUUUUCUCGACUCGGAUUCGGACGGUGAAGAUGGCAAGGAGGGAAAUGAGGGAGCAGAAGCUGAAGAGGAUGAAGAGCCGGCUCCCAAAAUACCCUUGAAACUUCAGAUUGUUCAAGCAAAGGAAGAAAUGGCCAAAAUCGCGACUUUGAUCAACGAAGAUCCCGAGGAGCAUAUUGGAUUGUUCAAGAAAUUAGCAGACUUUGUAGAUAAGAGCAAGUCACAUGUUGCUAUCAAAAAGCUUGCUCUUGCCACACAAGCUGCGAUAUUUAGAGAUGUUAUUCCUGGCUACCGAAUUCGUCCAUUAGGGGAAGAGGUCAACAAAAACGAAAAGCUGUCCAAGGAAGUCCGAAAGUUGCGCGGCUACGAACAGUCAUUGCUGUCGUCUUAUAAGCAUUACGUCCAACAACUUACCAAUCUCUCGAAAGGCGGCAGCAGGGCCAGUGAAGAGGCUAACAGUAUCCGGACUGUCGCGAUCAACUGCGUUUGCAACAUGCUUCUUUCCGUGCCCCAUUUUAACUACCGGGCUGAGCUAUUGAAGAUUCUUGUCAAUCGGCUGUCCAAACGCCGGAUUGAUGCAAACUUCAUCAAAAGUCGUGAGACAAUGGAAGACAUCUUCGCCAAGGAUGACGAUGGGGUCGUCUCCCUUGAGGCAGUUGGCUUGUUAUCCAAGAUGAUGAGAGCAAAGGACUUUCACGUCCACGAAUCAGUCCUCAACACAUUUCUACACCUCCGUUUGUUAGCCGAGUUCUCAUCCAAGGGUUCACGAGACCGGGUUGAUCGGAACGACGACGAGGAUGAAGGCGUGUUGCAAGGAAAGAAGAAAAAUAAAAAGGAAUUUCGCACCAAAAAGGAACGUAAGGUUCUUAAAGAUCGCAAGGCUGUUGAGAAGGAUAUGCGCGAAGCCGAUGCGUUGGUGAGCCAUGAAGCGCGUGAGAAGAAUCAGGCCGAGACGCUGAAGUUGGUUUUUGGCACAUACUUUCGCAUUCUCAAGUUGCGCACUGAAACGAAACUCAUGGGUGCUGUGCUCGAGGGAUUGGCCAAGUACGCACAUUUGAUCAAUCAGGACUUUUUCGGGGAUGUCCUUGAAGCUUUGAAAGAGCUUAUUGAGCAGCUCGCUGCUGAAGAUGGAAGCGCAGGAAGGGAUGGGAAUGCGAACGAUGAAAAUGAUGACAAUGAUGACGAGGAUGACGAUGAAGAAGAAGGAACGAUUACUCUCAGACAAUCCACCCGACAAGUCCUGCUCUGCACAAUCACUGCCUUUGCGCUUCUCGAAGGUCAAGACGUUAGCAAAUCCGCUUCAUCCCUCCAUCUCGAUCUAGGGUUCUUCAUCACCCACCUUUACCGCGCUCUGUACCCCCUCGCCCUCAACACAGAUAUCGAAUACAACCCCGAAAAAUCCCUCCGGCUCCCCGAUCCCGGCGCCUACAACAACGCCAACGAAACCACCAACGACCAAAAGAAACAACGACGAACAAAAAUCAACUUCCAAACCCCCAUGGUCCUCCUCCUCCGUUGCCUGCAAUCCACCCUCCUCGCCCGCACCCACGGCAUCGCACCGCCCAUCCGUCUCGCAGGCUUCACAAAGCGGCUAAUGACGACCUCCCUCCAACUGCCCGAAAAGUCCUCCAUCGCAAUGUUAACCUUACUCACAAAGGUGGCGAAACAACAUGCACGCAAGAUUGCGCCGUUGUGGAAUACGGAAGAGCGGAAGGGCGAUGGUGUGUUCAAUCCUGUGUCGGCUGAUGUUGAGAAGAGUAAUGUCUUUGCGGGCACGGUUUGGGAAGGGGAGUUGUUGAGGAUUCAUUAUUGUCCCGACGUGAGGGAGGCGGCGUUGGGGAUUGAGAAGUUGAUUGCUUCUGGAUAG